AUGGGGCCCCCGGGUAAUAGGGGAUCAUAGGCCCCUGUGUCCUUGCCCAAAGUCAAAAAAGCCUAUGAAAAAGGAAGGCAUUAUGUGUGUUAAUCUAUUAGUCACCAUCCUAGCAUAUAUUUUUUAUAUCCGUAUUGAGGAGCGGAAUGGGCCUAAAGCAGGGGUGGACUGACAACUCAUGGGGCCCCCGGGCAAUAGGGGAUCAUGGGGCCCCUGUGUCCUUGCCCAAACUCAAAAAAGCCUAUGAAAAAGGUACCAGGGGCAUCUCAUGGGGCCCCCUACUGACCCCGGGCCCUCAGGCAGUGCCCGAGUUUCCAAAUGGUCAGUCCGCCCUUGGC